GUGUAAGUACUGCUAGCACUGCUGCCGUUGUUGCAGCAGCAGCAGCAGCUUUCUCAAACGUCGUAGCCGACAACGCGCUGCUGCUGCAGCAGUUAGUGCUGCCCCUUGGGCUUGUCCUCAAACAGAAAGGGUAGACAGGGGCAAAAACAACUGCCGUCAGUAGUUCAACUGCUGCUGUUGCGGCUGCUGCUGUGACAACGACUGUGACGACAACGUUUGAACGGCCAUUACGCACACAGAGCAAAUUAUCUGUCUGCCAUCAGCUCUUCAUUCGUUUGUUCGUUCAUAAGUUAGGACAGCUUUAACUAAUUGAUUCUUGUGUAGAAAAAAGUGGUGAUAGAAGGACGUGCUCCUGCCGCCGCCGCCGCUGCUGUUGCCGCAGCCACACAUUCCUGCCGCCUUUUGUCCCCGUCCGUCCAGUUGGUUGAUCUGUCUACGAAUUGAGUCAGAGCUGCAAUAUCCACAUACCACUAUAAUACGAUUACAGGAGAACUAAAACAGGAGCGGGGACUGAUUCAGCGAGUUGAACAAAAUAACUAACGAUAGCAAACAGAUUAUAAUAUAGUCAGCGUGCCGAAACAAGUCGCUAACAGCAGUCAAGACUGUUCAGUGACGGCAGUAUACGUUGCUGGAGUCCGUGCGCAACAACGCAAGUGUCGUUACCACCAUCGCGAAAGAAUGGACGCCUUGUGGGAGGUGUUGACGCCGGUCAAUGUCGUACUGUCGAUAGUCAUCGUGGUACUUACGUGGAAGCUGUUCGGGCCCAAACGGGAGGAGCCGGAGACUGCCAAGACAAAACCACUGCCCAAGAUGAAACGGCGCGAUAUGACGGUAGAGGAUCUCCUAAAUUAUAAUGGCGACCCGGCCAAAAAUGAUGGUCGCAUACUUGUCGCCGUUAACGGCACCGUUUUCGAUGUCACGCGGGGCAAGCACUUCUAUGGGCCUGGUGGUCCUUAUCACGCGUUCGCUGGUCGGGAUGCGUCGCGUAUGCUAGCCACGUUCAAUGUGAGCACGCCCGACGGGCCCGUCAAAUACGACGACCUAUCGGACCUGAAGAGCUCGGAAAUGGAACAGGUUAAAGAGUGGUAUCUGCAGUUUCGGGAAAAGUACGAUAUCGUUGGCAAGCUGCUAAAGCCAAAUGAGGAGGCGACCGAGUAUUCAGAUAAUGACGAGCCGACAGACGUCUCCAACACGUCGCCGGCAAAAGAACCAAAGGAGCAAGCGCAGCUGGCUAAACAGGGGGCGAAAUAGAAUUAUGCUAUCUCCACGAAAACUUGAUGUUAAUCCAGUCCUAACCAAUCCCUACUGACAGAGCCUGAACAUCCAGCACACCCCACUCGUGUUCUAAUACCCCCUAAUUUUAAUGUCUUCCUAUUCCGCCUUUCACAGUGGUAGAGAGUUUUUACUGCUCUAACUGCUACUGUUGCAAUCGCUCGACCAUUCAUCGAUCCUCAGAAUUAUCCUAGAAACAAUUUUCAGGUAUUACCCUGUCUCGCUCGGUUAGCAGCGCUUUAGGCUGGUGUAUCCACGCCCCUUCAACAUGCAAACCGCUUAUUCUUGGCCGGUCCCGUCCGGGUGAAAUAAACAAAAAUGAUAGCACAUACUAAUACAUGGCACGAUGGGGGUGAUGGGAGAGAGGUGAAAUGGUGAUGCCAAUAACACUACAUCUACACCAAAGGGUAUAUCGUGUACAGGACGACCUGACGAAACGCAAAAUACCCAUGUAGAUAUGACGUUAUUGUUCUGAUGUGUCCAAUGUUGGCAACAAGUGAACAACGCCAGGUGCAGCUAGUUGGGCUGUGGCCUUGAAGAGAUGCACUAUUAAUGGCGGCUAGAUUAAGGCCACUGUCAUCAGUACGAUCCCUACCAUUAUAGCAGUAUCUCGAUUCCUUUCUAUGAUAUGUGUAUGUAUUAAUAGCAUAGAUAAGUAGGGGCGGGAAGUAAAAUCGAGUAUAAUAACAUUGGAUGGUAUAAUGGAUCAUGGCAGUGUAAGAAGACCCACUUUAUAUAAUAAUUAUUAUUAGUAAUAUUCCUAAGAAAAUAUCACUAGAAAACUAGCAAAAAAAUCAUAGUAGUGGAGGAUUCACUAAAAGGUGACGAUUAUUAAGGCGACAAGAAAAGGCGGAGGUAGAAGUUUAGCGGUGGUCAGACGCUAAUGGUUGAAUAAGAGCUGAAUAAUUGCCACUGUACUGCGAAUAUUUUUACAAUUAUGUAAUCUAUUAACUAUUCAAAUUGUCAUGUCGCUACUUGUUAUAUACAUAUAUUUCUAGAAGCGUUACGACCUCGCCUUACCUACGUUUUCUUCAAUGGCAGAAGCUGUAUAGGCUGCCUGUAGCAGUUAACGACCUCUGCUAGCGGUUAAUAAUUUAGGUUGAUAACGUGUCCGCCGUAAGAUUUUAGAGAGAAACAAACAAAAAAUUAUAUAUAUAUAUAAGCGGAAGCUGUAACUUUAUUCUGGUAACUUUGGGAAAAAGCGACAGAACGGUAGAAUCAAAUAGAUAAUUAUAAAAUAAAAAUUGAUUACAUGUACUGCAUAAGAUACUUGAGUGGGAUAAACAUUUAUCAGAGCAAGUACGGGAUGGAAAUACAGGAGCAUUUGCGAAGAUCUACUGCUAUAAGAGAUGCAUGAUUGAUGGGUCUGCUCGGUAGACACAACCUUUGGCAACGUGGGGACCCGUUGGGAAGCAACUCUUGACAGAGAGCGAUGCGUCGUUCUAGUCGUGGCGACGUACAGCACACUUUCAGAAAGGAUGAAGAAGAGGCAGGCCUGACGAGAGAUAACAGAUAUGUGCAAUCAAAUUCGACAUCGACGGCAAGGUGCAUCACGCACAUAAAAACAUUCUCGUGUAUCAAAUUAGCGGAAACUGACAGGUGGCGAUUUUAUGCAGAAGCGAAAAGUAACUAGACGGGUCUUGUAUAAUCACGCAUGAACUAAUUAGCCUCUCGGAAUUCGAAACCAACGACAGGCGCACGGGCCUCGGUAACACACGACAGAAAUAUUCACGAAUGGGUACUUCAAAACCGGAUACCUCGGAGUUUUAGUCGAGAUCAACAUUUCAGCACAGAGAGGACAGACUGUGUCCAAAUCAACCGAUUCGUGUCUCAGCCAUAGCCAUCAACGUCACUGGAAGAUACAUAUAUAUAUACUUAAACAUGAGGUACAUAAGUGAAAUACUAUUGCAUUGGGCUUGUUAGUAAAGCAAGCAGAUACUUUCUUCCACGUGAUGUAAUGAUUGAACUGAGGAUACCUCGCACGGAUGAAUAUAGAGAGCUCAUAAUUAUAACACUCAAAAUACUAACAAGUAACGCUAUUUAGAGGAAGGAGAAAACUAUAAAAGGUGUUCCUGUUAUGCCACCAAAUGCAUUCAACCUGGUGAACGUAACGAUAAUAAUAACAAUCAGGCAAUCAACAUAUAAAAAUGUAUAGGAGAGUGGCAGAAUUUUAGACUAUAUAUAUAUAUAUAUAUAUAUAUAUAUAUAUAUAUAUAUAUAUAUAACUAAAGUUAAGUUCUUAAAUUAAGCAUAGGCAACAUUCUCACAGUUGAUGCUGAUGGAAGAAGCGGCCUUUAAAAACAAAUUCCUCUUGUACAAGUCGUAGUGAAAUGGAGGUGUUUAUGCACUAAACAAAAAAACAAUACGAAAAACGUUUGAACAGACAAAAAAUCGAGAGUUGGAAGUUUCUGCGCAUAAUUAUAGUAAACAGAUUACUUUAAGAGAAUGUGAAUGGAAAAAUAAAUAAAAGAGCAUUAUUAAAAAUACGAUAGAGAUGAAUGAGAAAAAUAUGAGACGCAAAGUGACAACUGGGCUGAGUAGCCCACAGCUUUGUUCAUUUGAGUUAUGCAAUGUCAAAUGUAUUAUUGUAUAAGUGGUCUGGAUACUCUAUGAUCAACUAUCUUCUCUCCUCAUCAGUACUCUAUGUUCAGCCAUACAUCUUCUAAAUUUGUUCGAACGACAAAUAUUUUACCGACGCUAUCUCUUGACUGUUUGUUUGUUGCUCCUCCCUGAGCGAAUUCUUUGCUGUUAGCUUUUAAAAACGAAACUCUCAUUCAUGCGUAGUUAGAUACGGAUACCUCAAUGUUUAGACACAAAUGCACUCACGCACACAUACCGACACACUGAAAUGUUCCAGUUAAGCAAAAAAAAAAAAAGAAAAGCAUCUAAUGAGCAGUUUUUUCUCGCGGCGCACAGAUGGGCCCCUUGUCAACUUGAAGAUCGAUUCAAUAAGACUGAAACAAAGUUAUAUAUACAGGACAAAUGCAAGUGAAAAAGGUAUUUAUGGUGGAAGCAAAAAAAAAAA